AUGAAGGUGGAGAGGGGGAAGGAGACGGGCAUGGAAAUGAAUAAGGAAUUUCAGCAGAAGAGACCCUUCCUCUGCCUGGCAGCCCCAGGCAAGGUUCGGAGAGGCCACCAUGGCAGGAUCCCUUCUCUUGCCCCUGCAGAUCCUAUUGUUGUCUUUAGCUCUGGGAUCUGCUGGACAAGAAGUGAGUACCAUGUGCACAUGGGCAGUGAUCAGCUGAAUGGUAAGAAAGCCCAGAAGAUCCGGGCCAAGCAGUCAUUCCGCCACCCUGGUUACUCCACUCAGACCCACGUUAACGACCUUAUGCUUGUGAAGCUGGAUCGCCCAGCCAGGCUGUCAUCGAGUGUGAAAAAAGUCAACCUGCCCUCCCGCUGUGAACCCCCUGGGACCACAUGCACUGUUUCUGGCUGGGGCACCACCACCAGCCCGGAUGUGACCUUUCCAUCGAUGCUCAUGUGCACAGAUGUCAGACUCAUCUCCUCCCAGGACUGCAAGAAGGUUUACAAGGACCUGCUGGGAACGUCCAUGCUGUGUGCUGGCAUCCCCAACUCCAAGACCAAUGCCUGCAACGGUGACUCGGGGGGACCACUGAUGUGCAAAAAUACCCUGCAAGGCCUGGUGUCCUGGGGAACUUUCCCUUGUGGCCAACCCAAUGACCCAGGUGUCUAUACCCAAGUCUGCAAGUUCGUCAGUUGGAUAAAUGAGACCAUGAAAAGGCAUAGCUAA